GCAGAAUGUAACCAAUUCAUCACUUUAGUUAACAAAGUGAGGCAAAAAUGAACACCAUAGCAACUCUUUUCUACAUAAUUGCAGCAUUGGUCGUGCUUGUCCGUGCCAAACCAUCCUUAAAUCCAUUGGAACUGAAAGGUUUUGAAGUAUUAGUCUUUAAUUACACACCACUUGGGUGGAAUUACACUGACAUUGACGCGUCAAUCUUGGAGGCGAAUUUUAAUAGAAUUGAAGCAGUUCCAGGCGCGUACAACUCAUCAAGCAAGGACACCAUUUAUCUCCUACCUGAAUUUUCCUUCACUACAUCAAAAGUGAUCGACAAUAGGACCCUGGCACUCCUGCUUUCUCAGAAGGUGCCUGGCGUAAGUUCGGAAGUAGUCCCGUGUGUGGUUGCAAGUGAAGAUCCCGAUGACUUGAUGGUUUUGAGACUCUCCUGCAUGGCCAGGGAUAAAUACGUUUUUAUAGUGGCUAAUCUAUUGGAAAAAGUUGCGUGCCAAGAGGGUGAGGAGUGCCGGGAAGACGGAUUCAAAAUCUACAGCACCGCAAUCGUCUUUGAUAAAACCGGAUUUAUAGUUGAAAAGUACCGAAAGUUCCACCUGAUUGACGAGCCUGCCUUCGACAAACCACCUAAUCAAGAAGCUGCCACGUUCACCACAGGCAGCAAUAUCACGGUUGGUUUGUUCAUGGGACACGAUUUGCUUUUUUCUGAGCCAACAACAAGUUACAAGGCUAGGGGAAUAAAACACUUCAUGCAUGUGGGCGCGUGGAAAAACAAACUUCCGUUUGGCUUUUCAACUUCCGUACAACACGGUUGGCACAAUGACAAUGAUGAUUUUCUUGCGGUUUCUGCCUACGUCAGGCCUGAACUGGGUUAUACAGGAAAUGGUGCUUAUUUUCCUUCAGGAUCCACCUCAAUAAUAGUCGACGAUGGCCCAACUGCAUUUUCCAUUGCUUACUAUAGUGUGGAUGAAACCUUACUUGAAGCGAAAGAACAAUUUUCGAUGGAUAAAGCAUCUCGAGAAAUCAUCACUGAAGGAAUUGAAUUCAGUAAAUACUCGUCAGUGCCGAUUCCUGCCAGCAGCCUUGUUAGCAAUGAGGUCAGGGUGUGCCACGGAGUAGAAUUUUGCUGCUCGUUGACUUACAAGACAAUUCAAAGUGCUGAUGAAACGCAUUAUCAGCUCCUUGCAUUUGAGGGAAAUCGGACUGCCUUGGACGGAACAGCACUAUUUCCUGAACAGACCUGUGGCUUGGUCGCCUGUUCUGGGGAGGACAAAAUGACCUGCGGAGCUCCAAUGAGCGCUGCUAAUUACAUCUCAUUUACCCAAAUCUCACUCGUUGGCAGUUUUUCUUCAGACAAAGUUAUACCAAUUACGCUUUCUGCCGACAUUUGGUAUUAUCCCCUUCAAUACCUCGAUUACUCUGCAACUCCAAAUGGCAAUAGAUUUGACGUCAGUUAUACAUUAUUUGACGGAGCUGGAUUCCCAAAGAUUAAGACAUUCGCUCUUUCCUCAACUGAUUACACGGCCAAGAAUGGCUGCUUCAAAAGCUACUCCGCGUCUUUGGUGUUAAUUUUGAUGUCGAUUAUUAACUCACUAACACUGUUAUGAUUGGAAUAAUUCUCUAUUUAACAAAUAAAGUGUGAUAUUUUAUUCCCUUUA